AGCAAGUGAACGCCACAACUUCAUCGCUCAGAUUUUUCUGGACUGCUUUGUGAACGACUGGAGGCAGCUCCCGCAACGCGCGCUCUCCUUCCAGAGGGCUGUCUGUAUUUGAUGGGAUCCAGCUGCUGCUGAAGUACUCUGGGGCCCCGUUUAUUUGCCUUGCUAAACAAUCCUUAGACCAAGCACAGCGGAAAAAAAUAGAACAGUUCAUUUUGUGUGGGACACACCUCUUACUAUUGGUCAAUGUGCCGUUGCUUUAGAUCGACAGGACAGCCGGAACGACUGAAACCAAGUUUUCGCGUCAGCGCGCGGAGUCGGCGGUUGGUGAGGGCGCCACAUUUGUGCGUCGGCCCUGUGAACUUUUCACUGUGGUACGCAGUUCAACGCUUUUCCUGUUGCAAGGGAUUUACGGGUCGGCUCUGACGAGGGGUUCACAAGGAUCCAUAAACAACAUCAUUUAAAAUACGAGGUUAUAUGCCUUACGAGAGAAUGUUGACAGCGCUAAUAUUUGCACUAUGCUGCAUCCAGUCCUGUAAGAGUCAAACGUGCACAGAUGGAUUCACGUAUGACCGCCGCUCCAGACAAUGUAUCGACGUUGAUGAGUGCCGGACUCUGCCAGAUCCCUGUCGAGGGGACAUGCGAUGCGUAAACCAGAACGGCGGUUAUUUGUGCUUGCCCCGCGGCCUGUAUUCCCAGCCAACGUACCCUAGAUCCAAUUCGCCUUCCUAUGCUGAACAAUCCUAUCCAGAUAGCUCAGUGGGUUUUUCGGAACCAUACGCUCCACCUCCACCACAACGUCCUGUUGCACCUAGUUAUCCAAUAGUGAGCCGCUCCGUGCCCUGUGUCCUUGGAUACACGCUUGGCGAAGAUGGGACUUGCGUUGACAUAGAUGAGUGUGAGACAGGGUCCCAUCAGUGCACCCCCAUCCAAGUCUGUAUCAAUACAGCUGGAGGCUAUACCUGUUCCUGUAACGAGGGCUACUGGCUGGUGGGUGGGCAGUGCCAAGACAUCGAUGAGUGUCGCUAUGGUUACUGCCAGCAGCUGUGUGCUAACAUGGCUGGUUCAUAUUCAUGCUCCUGUAACCCUGGUUUCCUCCUCAAUGAUGAUGGUAGGACGUGCCAAGAUGUGAACGAGUGUGAAACGGAACCCUGCACGCACGGCUGUUUCAACACCUAUGGCUCCUUCAUGUGUAACUGCGGCGAGGGCUUCGAGCUGGCCGCAGACGGGACCACCUGCAACGAUCUGGACGAGUGCAGUUUCUCAGACUUUCUGUGUCAGUACUCGUGUGUGAACACCCCUGGCUCUUUCUCCUGCGUCUGUCCACCAGGAUAUUAUGUGUUUGAGGACGGCAGAAGCUGCGAAGACGUCAAUGAAUGUGACACUGGUAACAACACCUGUACAACAGCACAAGUAUGUUUCAAUUUCCAGGGAGGCUACACAUGUCUGGAUCCUCUAACAUGUGACCCACCUUACAUUGAGCUUGGUGACAAUCAGUGUAUGUGUUCGGCUGAGAACCCAGCCUGCAGGGACAAGCCCUUCACUGUCCUGUACCGUCACAUGGACUUGUCCUCAGGUCGUGCUGUACCUGCUGACAUUUUCCAAAUGCAAGCCACCACACGCUACCCGGGGGCCUUCUAUAUCUUCCAGAUCAAGUCAGGCAAUGAGGGCAGAGAGUUCUAUAUGCGGCAAACCAGUAAUGUCAGUGCCACACUGGUGUUGUCACGGCCCAUUAGAGGACCGAAGACGGUGAUUCUGGACCUGGAGAUGGUUACAGUUAACAACGUCAUAAACUUCCGUGGCAGCUCUAUCAUUCGGCUCAUAAUAUUCGUCUCUGAGCAUCCCUUCUGAGACAUGACCCCUGACCUUUCACCUCCAUACAUCUUUACCUCCAUCCUGGACAUCCUGCAAAUUCCGGACAUUUUUACAACUACAUUUCCCAUCAGGCAGCUGUGUUGGUAUCAUAUCUGUUUGUUUGUUUUGGUCAAGUUUUUUUUUUCUUCACCUCCAGUGUUUUUAUGGGCCAGAGAUGAUGUAUCAAAGUAUUCCCCUGUGCCUAAUCACUCACCCUCAUUACUGGACACUGUAAUUAAGGCUGCCUAACUGAUGCAUAACUUUGUUCUCCUAAUACACACACACACACACACACAAAGAGAAAGAUGUUUAUAUUUUCUUCAAACUCUUUUGAGUUUUUAUUUGCAUUUCUUUUGUUUUCUCCUCCUUAUGAGGUAAGGUCAGAAAAUUGGAAGCAGCAGUUUCUUGAUUCUGUACGAGAGGGUUUUGUUUGCUAAAUCCAUUUGUGUUGUCAACACAUUUUCUGUAAACCUUUGGCCUUGCUGAAACUAACUGUGAACCUGAGCUUUUGUGGUACAGAACUUAAUUGCAACCUCUCUCUGGAAGCCAUUAUGUACAGUUGUACAGAUGCUGCAUUUAUUAAGGGCAUUUCUGCAAUUCCCUUUGAACCCUGCAGGGGGACCUAGCUUGUAGCCCUACAUUUGAGUGUUGCUCAUUCUAAAAGGUUAAAUCAAAUCAUCCUCCUUUUGAUUUGUCAGUGUCUGUAGACAGGAAUUGAAAAAUUGAUUUAAUUCAUCCCAUAGGACUACUGGAUUAUUCUUAUGGGCUGUUUCACCUUUUCUGUAUCUGGGUUUUUUUUUUGGUAUGAUGAUGUAAGAGAGCCUGGUCGGUCAAAUAAAUCUGUACGUGACCUGAA